AUGCCGCCGCGAAGGUUCGCCAUUGGAAGGACGGAGGACGCGGUCCACCCGGACACCAUACGCGCCGCCCUGGCCGAGUUCAUCGCCACCGCCAUCUUCGUCUUCGCUGCCGAGGGCUCCGUCCUCUCCCUCGGUAAAAGCCUCACCAGCUUCCGUCAACUUCUCCGGCAGUUCGCCGGCGGGAUAAUGCAUGGUUUUUGCCCCCUUUUGUUUUCAUGCAGGGAAGAUGUACAGGGACACGUCGACGGCGUCGGGGCUGGUGGCGGUGGCGGUGGCCCAUGCGCUCGCGCUCUUCGCCGCCGUCUCCGUGUCGUAUAACCUCUCCGGCGGGCACGUCAACCCCGCCGUCACCUUCGGAGCCCUCCUCGGCGGGCGGAUCUCCCUCGUCCGCGCCGUCUUCUACUGGGUCGCUCAGCUCCUCGGCGCCGUCAUCGCCUCCCUUCUCCUCCGCCUCGCCACCGGCGGAAUGGUAAAACCUCCUCCUCCUUCAGCUUCUUCUUCCUCCUCCGUCGUCUUCUUCCUCCUGCUCCAUCAUCAUCAUCUUCUUCCUCCUCCGUCGUCUUCUUCCUCCUGCUCCAUCAUCAUCAUCUUCUUCCUCCUCCGUCGUCUUCUUCCUCCUGCUCCAUUGUCGUCGUCUUCUUCCUACUGCUGCUCCUGUUGCAUGCAUGCUGAUCUUGAGGGUUUUGCCGGCAGAGGCCGCUGGGCUUUGUGGUAGCGGCGGGAGAGGGGGUAUGGCAUGCGGUGCUGCUGGAGGCUGCAAUGACCUUCGGGCUGGUGUACACGGUGUACGCGACGGCGAUCGACCCGAAGAGGGGCCACUUAGGCACCAUCGCGCCGCUGGCGAUCGGCUUCAUCCUCGGGGCCAACAUGCUCGCCGGCGGGCCCUUCGACGGCGCCGCCAUGAACCCGGCUCGGGCCUUCGGGCCAGCCCUCGUCGGCUGGCGGUGGAGGAACCACUGGGUCUACUGGCUCGGGCCCUUCGCCGGCGCCGCCGUUGCCGCCCUCAUCUACGAGUUCCUCCUCAUCCCCGCCGAGACCCCUCACGCCCACCAGCCCCUCGCGCCCGAGGACUACUAG